UCCAAAUUCCCACAUUCACUGGCUAACCGUAAGCUUCUUGUUUUGCUGCAAAAUUUUCUCCUCCUUCUACUGUUUUUUGUCAAGAAGUACACAUAUAUACCAAAGCUAUCACAGCUUUCUAAAGCACAAUCACAAUCACCAUCUCUGUUUCCUUCAAAUUUCUCUAUAAAAGUAAAUCAAAAGAAAAUGGAGAUGUCAAAGCUUUCAACCUUUGUUGUCUUCAUGGUUUUAGCCAUAGUUCAUUCUUCACUUGCCUACAAUUCGCCCGAUGAAAUAGUUGAAGCCCACAACAGCGCUCGUGCACAAGUUGGUGUCCCUCUCCCAUCACUAACAUGGAAUGACACACUUGCUACCUUAGCCCAUGACUAUUCAUCCAUCAGAUUAGCUGAUUGCGAAUUGGUGCAUUCAGAUUCACCCUAUGGUGAAAAUCUUGCCAUGGGCUAUGGCGAUUUUUUGUCUGUGGAUGCCGUUAACUUGUGGGUAGGAGAGAAACCAAACUACGACUAUGCCUCCAACUCAUGCAAACAUGAUAUGUGCGCGCAUUAUACUGCGGUAAUCUGGAAUAACACCCUUCAAGUUAGAUGUGCAAGACUGAAAUGCAAUAAUCUUGACGCAUGGUUUGUGAUGUGCAACUAUUUCCCCGCUGGAAAUGUAGAGGGCGAGAAACCUUAUUAAUUAAUUAAGAAGCAUGGUUUCAAUAUUUUUAUAAUUAAAUUACUUUCAUCCCAUGUAAGUCUAAGGAUAUAUGUAGGUCUAAGUAUAUAUAUACAUGAAUGGUUCCAAUUUUGUCAUGUAAUACGGCAAAUUCUCCAAGCUA